UUCCGCGCCAAGACUUGUCCCUCGUGCAACAACUCUGAUCAGCUGACUGCUACGAGGGGGGAGGGUCACAUGACAAACAAGGAAGCGCCCGUUCAGUAAACACAACGAACCGCAGAUAGUACACUUUUGAAGCGUAUUCCCGUUAGUUACCAUGCCUACAACAAACCAAAAACUAUGACUCCGUGUGGAAACAUUUACAUUUGUGUUUUUGGUGUUUUGUUGUGUUUGUUUUUCGGGGUUUUAUCCGGAUUUUCUGCAGUGGCGGAGCAGCAACAAACUCUGAGUCUGAACGGUAAAUGGAGUCUCUCAAACUCCAACGGGUCACUGUCGCUGCCUGCAGAGGUGCCUGGGUGUGUUCAUUCAGCUCUGCAGCAACAGGGAUACAUCCAGGAUCCAUAUUUCAGGUUCAACGAUGUGUCCUAUCGGUGGGUUGCCCUUGACAACUGGACUUACACAACCACAUUUAUUGGGUUUACCCAGCUGAGGGCCAAACAGAAGGUGCUGCUUGUCUUUGACGGCAUUGACACUGCAGCUUCGAUUUGGCUCAAUGGGAUUAUUGUCGGGAAGACGGACAACAUGUUUCGUAGAUAUGACUUCCCAGUCAGAGACUUGCUGAAGGACGAGGAUAAUGUGCUGAAUGUUAGCUUGUUGUCUCCAGUUCUUUAUGCGUCUGAGCAGCGGAAAGCUCACUCGGCCUACAGAGUUCCUCCUGAAUGUCCUCCAGAUGUCCAGAAGGGGGAAUGUCAUGUCAAUUUCAUCAGAAAAGAGCAAAGCUCUUUCAGUUGGGAUUGGGGGCCUUCGUUCCCCACGAUGGGACUGUGGAAGGGAGUGCAGCUGGAGGCGUUUGAUGUCCUGCAGCUCAUCCAGGUUUCCUCUGUUCCUCUAUACAAUUUGGACCUCUCUCAAUGGAGAGUUCAGGUUCAGCUUCUUGUUGAUGCGGUUCAGACAACAAAUGGCCAAAUCACGCUCUCCGUACCGGAGCUGGACUCAGAGCAGACCUUCCAGACACAGUUUCUGCCAGGAAAGACCACAAACAACUUCACCUUACACGUCAACACGAGUAGCCAGGUGAAGCUAUGGUGGCCCAACGGACACGGUGACCAACCCUUUUACCAUCUCAUUGUCAGAGGCUUUCAGGAUGGAUUUUUAAUCCUGAAUACAGAAUCUAAGGUGUAUUUUCGCACAGUAGAACUUGUCCAGGAGCCAGUUGUUGGGUCUCCAGGCUUGAGCUUUUAUUUCCACAUCAAUGGGAAACCAAUUUUCCUCAAAGGCUCCAACUGGAUCCCAGCCCACUCCUUCCAGGACCAAGUCACCCCUGCUGUCUUAAGGAACUUGUUGCAGUCAGCCGUGGAUGCGAGCAUGAACGCCCUCAGGGUCUGGGGAGGAGGAGUGUAUGAACAGGACCUUUUCUACAGCAUCUGUGAUGAGAUGGGAAUCAUGAUUUGGCAGGACUUCAUGUUUGCCUGUGCCAUGUAUCCCACUGAGGAAGACUUCAUACACACUGUAAGAGAAGAGGUCGUCCACCAGGUUCAGCGCCUCAAGUCUCACCCUUCCAUAAUAAUUUGGAGUGGGAACAAUGAAAACGAAGCUGCUCUGGCGACAGACUGGUUCGGCAUCCCAGUUUCCCAGAGGCCUACAUACCUGAAAGAUUAUGUGACACUGUAUGUGAACAACAUAAAGGCGAUAGUUCAAGAGGAGGACCAGAGUCGCCCGUUCCUCGUCUCCAGUCCGACAAACGGGGCUGAAUCGGAGCAGGAAGGAUGGGUGGCAGUGAACCCCUACGACCCUCACUACGGGGACACACAUUUCUACAGCUACAUCCUGGACUGCUGGGAUUGGCGGACUUUCCCUCGAACGCGCUUCGCCUCUGAAUAUGGCUUCCAGUCCUGGCCUUCCUUCUCCACCCUGCAGCCGGUUUCCAUAAAAGAAGACUGGAGCUACAACAGUAAUUUCACUUCCCAUCGUCAGCACCAUGAGAGUGGGAACCAGCAGAUGUUACUGCAGGCAGCUUUACAUUUCAACCUGCCAAACUCCACAGAUCCCUUGAAAAGAUUUACAGAUACUCUGUACAUCACUCAGGUCAUGCAGGCUCAGUGUGUAAAGACUCAGACAGAGUUUUAUCGACGAAGUCAGAGUGAGAUCAUUGAGGGCAAAGGUCACACUAUGGGCGCUCUCUACUGGCAGCUCAAUGAUAUCUGGCAGGCGCCUUCCUGGUCGUCGAUCGAGUUUGGUGGGAAGUGGAAAAUGCUGCAUUAUUUUGCACAGAACUUCUUUGCCGCCGUCCUGCCUGUCAGCUUUGAGGAUGACGACACACUGUUCAUCUACGCCGUCUCGGACCUGAGUCACGACCUGAAGCUCAGGGCUGUGCAGAAACCGGUCUGUUGUUUUGUCGAUCAGGUGAUCGUGUACUCCUGGACUGAUCUGGAUCCAGUGUGCACACUGAAGUCGGAGCUGCUCCUGGUCCCUGGAGGCAGCGCUGUGGUCAUUUUUAACCAGCCAGUCACCGCCCUGCUGGCAGGUUGUGGACGCUGCACCCGCUUCACCUGCCUGCUCACCUUUCACCUGGAGGACAGCAGCGGCCAGCAGGGUCCCACCAACCACCACUUCCUCUGCUCACCCAAAGACGCUCAGGAACUCCAGAGACCCAACAUCACAGCGAAGGUGCAGGCGGAUAAGACAGGAUACUCUGUCACUCUCCACUCUGCCUCUGUGGCUCCUUUUGUGUGGCUCGAUGUGGGAAACAUCCCAGGACGCUUCAGCUCCAACGGCUUCCUGAUGAUUUCUAGAAACAGGACGGUCAGUUUUAACGCGUGGCGUCCCACCAGCGUUGCAGAACUCACCAGAUCCCUCACCAUCACAUCUUUAAGGGACGUAUACUGACCUGAGACCAGCCAGCCUCCAUGUUGAGGUUAACCGUGCAGAGUCCACAGACGGGCAAAGUUACUGGCUGCUAAUUAUCUUUUUUAAAGUGUCUUUAAAGAGAUACUAUGGAUGAGGUUUGGUCCUUGUGGAGAUUUGAAGGCCAGACUGUUAUUUUUAAACUGUAGCUGGUGAAGCUGAUAUUUUCCAAACUUGUUUACUUGCCAAAUAAAGGAGAACCUUUUUUCCCCAGACAUUUUUUUUUCUUCAUAUCAGAGCAGAAAAGCCUCGGAAAACGGCAGUUUGAUCAUCGUGGGACACUAAAACUCACCGAUGAAAAUUUCCAAACAAAUGAUUUUAGGUGGAUAAACAGCUCUUAACAACUGAGUGACCCACUGUUCUCAUUCACUAGAAGGGAAACUUUACAUACAGCUUUAAUUUAAACAAAACACCAUCAAAUAAAUCUUUAUUCUAGCUUUUACAGAACUUACCUGGGGUGCACAACAUUUACUGGCCAUUUUCUGAAAUGUUUUGUUUUUAGAUGAUUUUUUUAUUAGAUAGCGACAGUGUCGAUACAGACCGGAAACAUGGGGAGAGAGAGAGAGAGGGUACGACAUGCAACAAAGGAGGACAUUGCACUUAUAUGGAAUCUGUCUCGACCACCAGGCCACCGGAACAAAAGUAGGCAAACUGAUUUUGAAGUUGGACUACAAGGUGGCGAUUCCUGCACUGAUCAGAAGUUUGCUGUUGCAGAGACAACAUGUAAUCAGACCUGGGUUUGACACGACAGAUGAUUGUAUAUUGUGCACUAAACCUUUUCAUUUUGCAUUUUGCACAUCAUAAAUAAGACUUGAACUUUUGACAUCUUGGAAGUAUUGUAUUACACACAUUGCUUUCCAAAAUCUGCUUUGUAUUAUUUUUCAUUCAUUCUUAAUUCCGAUCGGUUUUGUAGAUUUGUUUUUGGCAUUUAAUAAUAAUAAUAAACUUUAUUUAUGUAGCACUUUUCUUAACAGUGUUACAAAGUGCUUUACAAACAGAAAUAAAACCAAACAAGUCAGAUAAAAUGAGAAUAAGGCCAAUGAACAUGAGCGAAGAGGAAGUAAAGGCAAUAAAAUGAAUAGGAAUAAAAAGAGUAAAAACAAAAGGAUUUAACUGUUAAUCACUGUUUGUUCUAUCUAUCACUGCUCAAUACAUCAGUCGUGGGGUUGAAUACUUUUUACAGGCGCUGUAAGUUAACGAUUUGAGAAAUAUUUUUGGUAAUACACACUUACUGCUCAAAUAAACAACUUUAAUUAGA